AACUUUAGAAAAUAUACUUGACCUGCAACUGGUUGAAUUUGGAGGUUUACUUAAAAAAGAAUCAGAAGCAAUGAUAGAAAAGUUAGAGGAUAAAGUGGGAAUGGGAAAGAGUUUGUUAAAUAAAGAUGAAGAAAUAAACAAAAGAGAUUAUUCAGCAACCAAAGAACUACCAGCUUUAUCUAAAAAAUGA